UUCCUAAAAAUAUAUUUUUGACUGUAAAAGAACCUUUCUGCAUUAGAAAUGUUCCAUGGAUGUUCUUCAUAGAACCAUCGAUGGUGACACCUUGCAAUGACCUCAUGUUCAGCCUUAAAUAUUUAGCGGUUUUUACAGCAGUUACGUAACCUUUAACACUUUUUUUUAUUUAUUUUGUAUUAGCACUGUUUUGUCUCUGAAGAAAUACAAAUCUGUAUGAAAGUUGACUUGACGUGAACCUCAAAUAGUCUAGCCUAUAUGCUGAGGAUAACCAUAAUCACCUCACCUAUCUAAUUAUUUUCAGUUCGCGUUAAUAAAGGCGAAUAUAAUCAGUCGUUCACGGCGCUCCUCGGCAGUAGUUUAUGCUCAGCUUCCAAGCCUGCUCUUUAUGCCUCUCUUCAAUGCGCGUUCCCGCGACGCGCCCCCUCGUCCACUCUCACGCGGCGCGCCCCCGCGAGCAGACGCGGAUCUCGCUGUGUCUCUGCUGUAGUCCUCCUCAGAGCAGUGCGUCGGUCUCCUCGAGUUAAGAGCGUCAGGAUUGGGAUCGGGAUGGUGGCGAAGGAUUACCCCGUUUACCUGCUGAUCAGACGCGCGAGCGGCCGCGGGGACGAGCCGCAGGAGCCCAGCAGCAAGCGUGUGAAGCCUCUGUCUCGAGUCACGUCUCUGGCCAGUCUCAUCGCUCCAGUCCAAGCUGCUCCGCUCAAACGCAUCGGACAGACGUUGCAGCGCUCCAUCAGCUUCCGCAGCGUCUGCAAGCCGGAGAUCAUGUCACCGCGUCCGUGGAGCAGACAGAUCGCACCGGCCAACACCAAACGCAGAGACAGCAAGCUGUGGAGCGAGACCUUCGACCUGGGCCUGGGACACAUGCUGUCCUCCGAAGAGAUCAAGAGACAAGAGGCCAUCUUUGAGCUGUCUCAGGGAGAACAGGACCUGAUUGAGGACUUGAAGCUGGCUAAGAAGGCGUAUCGUGACCCCAUGCUGAAGCUGUCCAUCAUGAGCGAACAUGAACUCAAUCAGAUCUUUGGCACGCUGGACUCCCUCAUUCCUCUGCAUGAAGAUCUGCUCAGUCGACUCAGAGAGGUCAGGAAGCCGGACGGCUCGACCGAUCACGUGGGCCAUAUUCUAGUGGACUGGCUCCCUUGUCUUGAAACCUACAACAGUUACUGCAGUAACCAGGUGGCAGCCAAAGCCCUGCUGGACCAUAAGAAGCAGGACCAUCGGGUGCACGACUUCCUCCAGCGCUGUCUGGAGUCGCCCUUCAGCCGCAAACUGGACCUCUGGAGCUUCCUGGACAUCCCCCGCAGUCGCCUGGUCAAGUACCCGCUGCUGCUGCGAGAGAUCCUCAAACACACGCCGAGCGAGCACCCCGACCGCCAGCACCUGCAUCACGCUAUGAACAUGAUCCAGAGCAUCGUGGCAGAUAUUAACACUCAGACGGGCGAGUCGGAGUGCCGUUACUAUAAAGAGCGCCUGCUGUAUCUGGAGAGCGGUCAGAGAGAUCUGCUGAUCGACAGCUCACGCAUCCUCAGCUGCCACGGACAGCUCAAGAACAACAGAGGAGUCAAGCUGCAUGUGUUCCUGUUUCAGGACGUGUUGGUGGUGACCCGGGCCGUCACGCAGAAUGAGCAGCUGUGCUAUCAGCUUCACCAGCAGCCCAUCCCCGUCAGAGAUCUGGAGUGGGAAGACCUGCAGGACGGAGAGAUGCGCCUCGGAGGAUCCAUCAGAGGAGCCUUCAGCAACAGCGAACGCACCAAGAACUUUUUCCGGGUGUCUUUUCGCAGCGGAGGACAGCUGCAGAUGCACUGCUUCCAGGCCAGCGACGCCUUCAAUAAACAGCAGUGGCUCAACUGCAUUCGGCAGGCCAAAGAAGCUGUGUGCUCUGCAGAGUGUGAACCACAGACAGCAGCUCGGUGCUCAGACUGCAGCGCUGAGUGCUCACAGAUGGACCUGACAGACCUGACCCUCACGCCUGUGGAGACAUGAGACACCCUGACCAGGACUGUGUUGCAGAACAUGAAGCACUUCUCUGAGACUGACUUCUGUGUUAUUCUGUGCCUUGCUUUCUCUGCGCUGUUGUUUGUGGCAGUCGUUCAGAAACUGAGCGUCUGGGUCCAGCGUUUCACUUUAAUCUCGCUGUCUGCAACUGAAAUGCACUACUGUCUGCGCAAGAAAACUGAGGCUGAAAAAUCGUUCAGGUGUUUCACGUUCAUUCUGUAAUCACUAAUAAAUAUGACCAGUCGAAUGUUUUCAUGAGUAAAGGGUGAUCAAAGUAUUUCUGAAAAAGAAAUUUAGCACUGUCAAACGAUUAAUCAUGAUUAAUCACAUUCAAAAUAAGUUUUUGUUUAUAUAAUAUAUGUGUGUACUGUGUAUAUUAAUUAUAUUUAUAUAAACACACACACAUACUGUA